GAUAAAAUAAUGGAGAAAUCUGUCAUCAAAAAGCCUCGUAAUAAACGAAAAACUUAUUGGUGUGCUCCUAGGAAAGUAAAAAGUACAAAUAUCUUAGAGAAUAUCGACAAUUCCUUACAAGAUAAAAAGAUGAAAAAAAGACAUCAUAAAAAAAAACGGAAGUCUGGAAGAAAUAUGAGACGUAUCGAUAUCUUAGCACAACCUAAAUCUAUGAAACAUGAACUACAACAUAAGAGACAUCUCUCUAAUGCAAACUGUUCUGUCAGGAAAUAUAAUGCUGUAACAAAAUCUAUUUCAUCAAAUCAGAAAAUUAUCACUUAUCCACAUAAAACUUUAAAAACGAAGAAAUUUAAAGGAACACAUCAAUCAGGAAAUUCUAUGAUGAAUAUAACAUUAAAAGAUUCACCAAUUAUAUUACCGAAGAAAAUAGGUGUCCGAUUAUUUUCUUUAGUAAAAAAGAGACUUAGAGAACUGACAAAUUGCAAAAAUAUGUAAGAAAAAACAUAUGGAAAAUAAAAGAUUAAAAAUUACACAUCUAUAUAUAAGGAAUUACGAAAUGUGGAAUUCAUACAAUUUUGGAUAAAAUGAAAAGUAUAUUAUUACAUGCAGUAAAAUCUUAUCUUAUAAAAUGUCGAAAAAGGACGGAAUAUUAUCUUAGUCUUAAAUUCGCAAAAUGAUAAUAUAAAUAUUAUGGAAAACUAUUUACUACAUUAUCAUAUUUACUUAGUUAACGAUGUAUCUGUAUAUAAAGUACAAAAAAUAUAAUUAAUUUGUGAACAUAUUCCAUACAAAGAUUAAGGCACUAGUAAAUAUAGCUAAAUCUUCUAAAAUUUUUUCUUUUCUAUCAAAUGCAAUUUAUAUUAUAUUAUUCAACAAAGAGUCAUUUGUUCAAAAAAAAAUUGUUGAAUCUUUUAUCUACUAAACAUAUAAGUAAGUAUAAUCAUAACUAUCGUAGAUAAUAUUGAAUGUCUUAUAGCUGAUGCACCAGCUCUACAAUCUACGAUUCUUCUAGCUCUCAUAAAAUCUGGACCUAAAUACGCACUAAAUUCUCUUUUUUCUGGUGGUAUUAUCACCAAUUGCUGCGUAGCAUCUUGGAAAAUUAAAUCACUAUAAGGUGGCGGACUGUAAAACAUACUAAAACUAAAUUCGUCCUGUUCUUUUCUACCAUAAAAUUGUUGAGCAUAAAUAAAUAAAUUUAUAUAAGCGUU